AAACAAACCGCUGCUUUCUGUCGCGCUUUACUCUUUUUCCUCUUUAUUUAUACUCCCAAUGCCCCCCUCUCUCUCUCUCACACUGAUCACGGCGAUGAACGGGAAACGUCUUUCCCUUUUCCUGUCCUUUUUCGCCGCCAUCGCUGUCUCGUUCGCCGCUCCUCUUCAAUAUCAGACCCUCAUCCCCACCUCCCUACCCUCCCCUCAAACCCUUUCAUGGCCCAACCUUCAACAAUCCGAAUCAACUCUCUCAGUAAACUUGCAUCAUGUGGACAAUCUCUCUCCCGCCUUCAACUCAUCCCCACACUCCCUCUUCAAACUCCGCCUCCAGCGUGACGCCGCCAGAGCCAAAGCUCUCUCCGCCAUGGCCGCCUCCAGCAAGCCACGCGGCGGAGGCGACUUCAGCAGCUCGGUAACCUCCGGGAUCGCGCAGGGGAGCGGAGAGUACUUCACACGCAUCGGGUUCGGCACUCCGCCCAGAAACGUGUACAUGGUGCUGGACACCGGCAGCGACGUCGUUUGGGUCCAAUGCUCCCCCUGUAGGAAAUGCUAUUCCCAAACCGACCCGCUUUUCGAUCCCAAAAAAUCGACUUCGUUCCUCGGAGUCGCCUGCGCCUCCCCUGUCUGCCGCCUCCUCGAUUCCCCCGGCUGCAACGCCCGCCGCAAAUGCCUCUACCAGGUCUCCUACGGUGACGGCUCCUUCACCGUCGGCGAAUUCUCCACCGAAACGCUCACGUUUAGGCGCACCAAAGUCAGCAACGUCGCCUUUGGCUGCGGCCACGAUAACGAGGGUUUGUUCGUUGGCGCCGCCGGGUUGCUAGGCCUAGGCCGCGGGAAGCUCUCUUUUCCCACCCAAGCCGGUGGCCGAUUCGGGAAGAAGUUCUCCUACUGCUUGGUCGACCGCUCGGCCUCUUCCAACCCGUCGUCGAUGGUGUUCGGCGACUCCGCCGCCUCGAGGAACGCCGUUUACACGCCGCUGCUCACGAAUCCGAAGCUCGACACGUUCUACUACCUCGGAUUGAACGGGAUCUCGGUCGGCGGGAAGCGUGUGCCCGGAAUCACGGCGUCGCUUUUCAAGCUCGAUGGGAUCGGAAACGGCGGGGUGAUUUUGGAUUCGGGCACGUCGGUUACCAGGCUGACCCGACCCGCGUAUGUGUCGCUGAGGGACGCGUUCGUGGCCGGGGCUCCGAAUCUGAAGCGUGAUUUGGAGUUCUCGCUCUUCGACACGUGCUUCGAUCUAUCCGGAAAGACGGAGGUGAAGGUGCCGACGGUGGUGCUGCAUUUUGAGGGCGCGGAUGUGUCGCUGCCGGCGUCGAAUUACUUGAUUCCGGUGGAUAGUGAUGGGAAAUUUUGCUUUGCCUUUGCGGGUACCAACACCGGGUUGUCGAUAAUCGGGAAUAUCCAGCAGCAGAGUUUCCGGGUUGUGUUCGAUUUGGCGGCUAAUCGGGUCGGGUUCGCUCCGCGAGGAUGCGUCUAACAACCCUAACCGAAAAGGAAUCAAAAUCAGUCGUGUGUUUUAAAUUUUAAUUAUGUGUAAUCCAUACUGCAGAUUUGGGAAGUACUCCUUAUUAAUACAAACCAGAUGCAUAAAGAAUGAAA